CGGACGGCUCGCCCCUGGAGUGGGCGAAGAAGGGCCGGUGGGACCGGCUGCGGCUGGCAGCGGUCAGGGCCUCGGCCGACUCCUUCGACCUGGGCGGCCUGGAGUUCCAUUCGUCUGUGGCCCAGGGGAGGAAGCUCAUGCCGUGUGCCACGACCCCGGCGCCGACUGACGACGGGCGGGCCAAGCCGCGGUCGACCAGAGGGCGGACCCCUCGCGACGCAGACGCCCGUUGGCUGGAGGGCGGUCGCCAGUUCGCCCCAUGGCACUACACUGUGGAGGCCAUGCUCCAGGAUUCCAAGGGCGUCCUGCACAUCCCGCCGCCGGAGGUGAAGGAGCAGCUCCACCACAUACCGACCGGGUACACCGCCAACACCGGGGCUGACGCCAAGACGCGCCGCCGCAUGGUCGGGAAUGGAUGGCACUGGGGCGUGGCCUCCAGGCUCCUGGGCCUCCUCGUCAUGGCGACCUGGGCCAAGCCGGUGGCGUCUGGCGCUUCGCCCGCCCCCGAGCCGCCAGAGCCGCAGGUCUUGGGCGAGGGCUUGGACGAGGACCGCCAUUGGGCGGCCGCGGCCCGCAUGAAGCACUCGCUGGUUGGCUGGCCAACCCUCGAGCCGGCGUUGGAGGCCAUCCUGGAGUUUCGCCGGGAGUGGCGCCACGACCUCGUACGCAUCCGGCGGGACGUCCUUAGAGAGCUCCAGGAGAUGGUCGAGGACGGUGCGGACGAUAGUGACGCCUGGUUGGCGACUUUGCCCGACCACGUGCGGGCCACCUACGUCACCGAGGAUAGGCCCCGACCCUUUCAGGGCCUGGUGCUCGACCGCCUGCUCCGGGGCGUGGGCUACCCCGCGGCGGACGACCUCCAGCAGGACGUGAACGCCGGCUUCGAUAUGCUGGGGCCGGUUCGCCCGGCUCCAG